ACGCCUCCCCGUCUCCCCCAACCCCGAGAUCUCAGACCAGCGAACUCCUGGCGGGGGAAGCAGGAAGCCGGAGAUCGCCAACCGGGCGGCGUUGAGGGCAGUGGGUGCGGCUGCGCGGAGGCCGUAAUGGCGGCGGCACUCGCUCCGGGGGUGUCUCGGAAGCUGAAGAAGGUACUGGAGACGCGGACGGACAACCCGGAUCUGCUCGCCUCGCUGGGCGCGCUCUCCACCUUCUACGUGCAGAACACGCCGCAGGCGCGCCGCAACCUCAAGUCCUCCGUCGAGCAGCGCGGCCUCACCAUCAAUCGCCACUUCCUCGACGCCUCCCUUCCUGCCCAUAAGGCGUUGGAUCGCGUCGAGGGGGAGGUGCACGCGCUCAACGACUCCUGGAAGAAGAUUGAGGAAGCAUUGGGAAGUUGUAGUGCAAGUACGGGCGAUAUCAUCAGUACAACAGAGAGGCUGCAACAAGAACUUGAGGUUAUCACACAGCGCCAAGAAAUCGUGUCAUGCUUCCUGAGGGAUUACCAACUUUCGAAUGAAGAGAUACAUGCACUCCGGGAUGAAGAGAUAGAUGAGAAAUUCUUCAAGGCAUUGUUGCAUGUCCAAGAAAUACAUUCAAACUGCAAGGUUCUGCUGCGAACACACCACCAGCGUGCUGGUUUGGAGCUUAUGGAUAUGAUGUCUGUCUACCAAGAAGGAGCUUAUGAAAGGUUAUGCAGGUGGGUUCAAGUUGAAUGUAAAAGAUUAGGUGAUACUGACAAUCCUGAAGUAAGUGAACUUCUAAAGAAGGCUGUUCGAUGCCUGAAGGAAAGACCUGUUCUGUUUAAGUACUGUGCAGAAGAGGUUGCCAAUAUGAGACAUCAUGCCUUGUUCAGGCGGUUUAUAAGUGCUCUUACUAGAGGUGGACCUGGAGGGCUCCCAAGACCAAUAGAAGUGCAUGCUCAUGAUCCUCUUCGCUAUGUUGGCGAUAUGCUUGGGUGGCUACAUCAGGCGCUGGCAUCUGAAAGAGAGCUUAUAGUUGUGUUGCUUGAUCCGGAUGCAAUGACUGACAGUGGCCCAACUACUCGCCGUCAUUCUGUCCGAGAAGGUGAUGCCUCCAAAGGAGAUCAUGAUAUUACUUUUGUUCUUGAUAGGAUUUUUGAAGGGGCUUGUCGACCAUUUAAAGUUCGAGUUGAGCAAGUUAUGCAGUCACAACCAAGCCUGAUAAUUUCUUACAAACUUAGUAAUACCUUGGAAUUCUAUGGUUACACAAUAUCAGACCUGUUGGGUGGAGACACAGCACUGUGCAAUACAAUAUGGUCCCUUAGAGAUGCAGUGCAGCAGACAUUCUUCAACAUCCUAAAGAGCCGUGGAGAAAAGUUAUUGCGAUAUCCUCCACUUGUUGCUGUUGACCUCUCUCCCCCACCUGCAGUGAGAGAAGGAAUUUCGUUGUUGCUUGAACUUAUAAAUACCUACAAUAGCAUGAUGGUUCCUGCUUCUGGGAAAAGACCAAAUUUUGAUCCUGUCAUCUCUGCCAUCCUGGAUCCUAUAAUUCAGAUGUGUGAGCAAGCUGCAGAGGCACAAAAGUCAAAAGGGACACUUGCACGGCGUGGUAGAACUAGUUCUGAUCCCAUUGGAAAUAAUAGAGAUUCAAUCUCAGUUGAUGCUAUUUUAUCUAAGAAUUCGUCUACAUCCUUUCUGAGCGGUGAAUCAUCAUCGAAAAUCUACCUCAUCAACUGCUUGUCAGCUAUUCAGGAACCUUUGAUGGGCCAGGAGGUUGCUACAAGCUAUAUUAACAACCUUCGAUCUAUGAUUGAAACACAUUUGCACACCCUAGUAGAUAAAGAGGCUGAUAGCAUCCUUAGGAAAUGUGGACUAUCAAAUAAGAUGACGUACAUAGAGGACUAUAGCUCUACUGGCAUCAAGGAUGACGCACGACCUUUGGCUGAUAUUGUGGAGACAUCACCACAAAUGCUGUUGGAAUGCUUAAAGGCAUUCUAUGGCCUCGUGACUGGAACAGAAGGUUCCUUGCCUGAAUUUGAGCAGCUGCAGGUACCAAGGCUACGUUCUGAUGCAUGUUAUGGUUUGGCUAGAGCUCUGGCAGAAGCUUAUGAACUUAUCUACAAAGCAGUGGUGGAUCCAAAGAAUUGUUACCCUGACCCAAGAUCUUUAGUAAAACACACUCCUGAGCAGAUAAGAACUAUACUGGAAAUCUGAGGUCUACCCACAAUCUUCGGAUACAAUGUUAAUGAGAGUACCCUUCUAUACAAUCAGUAUGGUGUAUAUUUGCUACCAAAAGAUGUGGUUUCAUUUACUGAAGUGGUUAACACCUU